AAAACCGUCUACAUUCAUCCCCCCUCUCUCCUCUCCUCGUCAAAUCCACGUUUUUCUCCUCAUAAAUCAAACUAUAAUCACCCCCUUCUCAUCAUCACCUACCUUUUCACUAUUCACAUCUCGAUUUCUCCAAUUUUUUCUCGAUUUUAUCAUUUUUCUUCCUAUGGAACUUUCCCCCUUCACACUUCACGCCGCCUCUUGCUGUCGCCGCUUUUCCUUUCACUGUCUCUGUUGUCUUCUGUGUUGAUUCUUCUUCGCUCUCCGCUUCCGAUUCGAAUCGAUUGUUGAUAUUGGGUUAUUUUAAUUUUUGUGCUUCUGGUUAUGGAUUUCACUCAACAGCCGGCAAAUCAAGGGCUUUCUCUAGGGUUUCUGUCGCACGUAUCUGAUACGGUGAAGAGCAACCGGAUCCCUAGCCCUAAAAUCGCCGAAGAUUCGUUGUCGUUUCAGAUCGAGUCGCGGAGCAGGGACCCUUCGCACCCGCUGCCUUCUGUUCCACUUCAAUUGAUGGACCAGCAGAAGGAGAAUCACCACAAUUAUGUCCACGGCGUCAACGAUUUGAAUGAAAUUAGGGAUGUUGAGGAGGAGGAGGACGAUGAGGGGAAGAUGGAGGAGUUUCGCAUUUUAGGGCACUCGCUGACUCUGAAGCGGAAGCGUGACUGCGAAUCAGGGUGGUCAUCGGCGUCGCCGCCUUCCUCCUCGAAGGUGGUUAGGGUUUCGUCGAACAGCGACCUGGAAUCGAGAAAGAGCGCUGUCCGGUCAUGGGGGAAUCAGAGCUUGCGGGAUGCUGACCCAGAUAUCUUUGAGAUAAUGGAGAAGGAGAAAGGGAGGCAGUUCAAAGGGAUUGAACUGAUUGCCUCUGAGAAUUUCGUGUGCAAAGCUGUGAUGGAGGCACUGGGAAGCUCCCUUACCAAUAAGUACUCUGAAGGAAUGCCUGGUGCAAGGUAUUACGGAGGGAAUCAGUACAUUGACGAGAUUGAAACACUGUGUUGUGAGCGUGCCUUGGCUGCUUUCAGCCUCGAUUCGGAGAAUUGGGGUGUAAAUGUACAGCCGUAUUCAUGUACAUCUGCAAAUUUUGCAGUUUAUACUGGGCUUUUGCUACCUGGUGAUCGGAUAAUGGGGUUGGACACACCUUCGGGAGGGAACACGAGUCAUGGGUGCUAUUUGCCCAAUGGGCGGAAAAUGUCUGGGGCCUCGAUCUUUUUUGAGAGUCUGCCUUAUAAGAUUAACCCACAGACAGGGUAUGUAGACUAUGAUAAACUAGAGGAGAAGGCUCUGGAUUUUCGCCCCAAGAUAUUGAUAUGUGGUGGAAGUUCGUACCCUCGGGAGUGGGAGUAUGUAAGGUUGAGGAAGAUAGCAGAUAAAUGUGGUGCGGUGUUGUUGUGUGACAUGGCUCAAAUUAGCGGCCUUAUAGCUGCUAAGGAAUGUGCAAGUCCUUUUGAAUAUUGUGAUAUUGUUACCUCUACCACUCACAAAAGUCUCCGAGGGCCCAGGGGAGGAAUUAUUUUCUACAGAAGGGGCCCAAAACUUAGAAAGCGAGGGGUGCAUUUGAAUCAAGGAGAUGGUGGUGAUAGAUAUGAUUUUGAGGAAAAGAUCAAUUUUGCUGUUUUCCCUGCAAUGCAAGGUGGGCCUCACAACAAUCACAUUGCAGCCCUUGCUAUAGCUUUGAAACAAGUGGCUACUCCCGAGUACAAGGCAUACAUGCAACAAGUGAAGAAAAAUGCUCAUGCCUUGGCAUCAGCUUUGAUAAAAAGGCACUGCAAACUUGUAACCGGGGGCACUGAUAAUCAUAUGCUGAUAUGGGAUCUAAGGAAUUUUGGAGUGACAGGUUAUAUUCUAGAGAAGAUCUGCGAGUUGUGUCACAUUACGCUCAAUAAAGUCACAAUCUUCGAUGACAAUGGUAAUAUCAUCCCAGGAGGCGUAAGAAUCGGCACUCCUGCCAUGACAUCAAGAGGCUGUGUUGAGUCUGAUUUUGAGGUCAUGGCCGACUUUCUCCUUAGAGCUGUACAUAUCGCAAGCUCGGUGCAGAGAGAUCAUGGAAAACUGCCAAAAUCACUGCUGAAGGGGCUCGAGAACAACAAAGAAAUCGCUGAGCUCCGAGCACGAGCAGAAAGUUUUGCUUCUCAAUUCGCUAUGCCUGGAUUUGAUUGAUGAUUUGGUCCACCCCCACCAUACAUGGUAACAAUUCUUUGAUACUUGAUUUCAUUACUGUGACCAUAUCGUGCGCAUACUGCAUCACGGAUGGCCCAUCAUACUCGUCAUCAUGCCUGUGGAGUACGAGACAUGUUUUGGAGGUCGGUUUAGAAUCGUUGCGUGGAGGCUGGAUAGGGACCUCAUCAUCUACUAUUGUUUUGUCCUGGUGACUCAGGGUUUAUUUUCGUGUAAAGCCUCAUUUAGUUGCUAAAUACUGCCUAUAAUAAAUAUUACUACUACUAUAAAUAGUUCACUUGAUUAUUGAAAAUACUUUGUUUCUUGUUGUAUGUAUGUGACUUGUAGCAAUUAUCAGAAGAUUUUAUUUACUCCA